UUGUUAACUGCGCACUGAAUGUUGACAGCCUCAUAAGUUCCUCUCGCACAAAGUUUGAAUGAGAAGAGCGCAGGUAUUGUAUAUAUCUAUUAUCUAAUCAAUCUAAUCUAAUCUAUUAUCUAAUACAGCACCUUCACCUGUUUCAUUGUAUGGCAAGGCGUGAGCAAAAGCGUCGCUAGUGGAGGGUGGGAACUACGAAGGAAUCGAAGACUGCAGUGCGAAGCAGGAAACUUUAAAAAAAAAUGCCAAAUGAGACGCCAGUGUUCGUUUCGCACGAGGAGCUCGGGAGAUCCCGUUUUCAGUCCCCACUGGUUAUUUGGAGGCCAAACGUCACACAAGUGUCUGCCCUUUCCAGCCUGGUGAUGGUCGCGAUCCUAUGAGUUCCCCGACUUUGACGGACUAACUUGAUCUCUACUCGAACAUCAGUAACGCACGUGCGCUGGCGCAGCGCAUCGAUGGCCAUCUGUCACGCCCCAGUAAGAAGGUAACUCGCUCUUCAUGUUUGAAUUUCUACGCACGGACGACAGGCACACGUGUGUCCGUAUUGAGGAUCUACGGCGUGGGAGAGCUGUUUUUCACCGCUUUACCAAUCCAGUGCCCGUUGGUAAAAUGAAUGUGUCGUUCACCGCAGCCAACCUAACCGCUUUGCAGGAGCCCGCGGUGAACAUCAGCCAGCAGCUGUGUAACUUGAGCAAAUCCUUAACAUCAACUUUCCUGCCUAAUGUGUAUGUGAUCGUUUUUUGCAUUGGAUUAGUCGGAAACUGUCUGGGGCUGAGGAGUCUGUUCCGUAAUUGGAAGAGACUGGGUAACCUCAGCAUAUUUGUCCUCAAUUUGGGGGUGGCGGAUUUGCUGUACGUCUUCACCCUGCCUUUCCUGGUGCACUACUAUGCCAUGCACCGACACUGGCCCUUCGGACCGAGCUUCUGUAAAGUUACGCGCUUCUGCUUUAAUUUGAACUUGUACGGGAGCAUCGGCUUUCUCACCUGCAUCAGCGUGUACCGUUGUUUGGGAAUUGUACAUCCCAUGGAGGUAAUGGGACGUAUCCGGAACCACCACUCGGUCUCUAUUUGCGCAUUAGUUUGGAUUUUGGUCAUUGCUGUAAUUUCCCCCGAUUUGUAUUUUGAUAAAACAUUACCGGGUUUAACCAAUGGCAGUUGCUAUGACACCACCACUAACGAUUACAUCUCCGCAUAUUUGCACUACAGCCUUGUCUGGACCAUCCUGGGCUUCUGUGUACCCCUGGUCAUUAUUUUGGGGUGCUACGGACACAUCGCAAUUGUUCUCUCUAGAAAUAAAAACGUGGAGCCGUCGCUGAAGCAGAAAUGCCUGAGACUUGUCGUGAUCCUCGUCGUCCUGUUUGUGGUUUGUUUCAUUCCCUACCACGUCCUCAGGAACUGGAAUUUAAGAAACAGGGCUCUGCAGUUGAAGGGACAAUGCAAGCCGGCAUUCGACAGGAUCUACACCGCCUACCAAGUGAGCCGGGGAUUGGCGUCAAUGAACAGCGCCUUCAACCCCCUGGUCUAUCUGAUAACCAACGACGACUUCCAGACGCGAGUCAGCGAGCUUAGCCAGCGGGCGGUGGCAAUCUUGAAGGAACGCAAAAGGCCCGAGGGACUGCCAGAUAAGUCGGACUCGAACGAGAUGAAGACUCUGGACGUGUGCGGACAGUGAAGAGAGAUCGGGAUGUGAAUGGAGCCGAGACGACACCCCGCCCUCUUUUCUUAUUCAAAGUGGCCCUCGUCCUCCGCAAAUUAGCGAACAUUUGAGAGAGAGAGACGAGGUGGGGACGUACGGUAUUUACAUUGCACUUAGUCAAGGCUAUGAAGUUUCAAAGUACAACUAAACAGGACAUCAUUAUGGUAACGUUUAUUUUAAACUCUCUGUGCCGUUUGUGCUUUAGUGCAAUUUACUCCUGGGUAUACAUCGCCAUAGGAAUGAGUGCUAAAAACUCUAGUCAAGUAGAAGUAGACAAACGUUUACCAAUGUUUGAAAGUAAGUGACAUGGAAAAAUCUCAAGUAAAACGAAUAAAGUAAAAAAAAAUAUUCAAGUUAAAGUAUAAUUUCUUACUUUGAGAAAAGUAAAAAAAACUAACCUAAAUUAAUAAAUACCCCAAUGCUGUAUACUAUAGCAGUAGAAUAGAUUGUAUUUAUUAGUCAUGUUCAAGAAAUAUAUUCACAUACACUUAAACUAGAAGCAGCAUUUUGUAUAUAGCGAUUACAAAUUUCAAACUCUAAUUACUUUGUACAUUUCUAGGAACGGUGCAGUAAGCCAAUAAUCAGAAUUAUCCUUAAUAUCCGGUAAGCUAACAAUGUAGUCCAUAAUUUAGUUACAAACCAUCAUUUGGGACAGAAGAGGAAAAGAAAAAAGUUUAAAAGUUUGCCAAUAAAGUUUUGCAGGAGCAGACAAAAGAAAUGAAAGCAGUAUUUACAUCUAAACAGCAAACGGCUUUGUAGUCCGUCGUUAUCAAUUACAAACCAGUAUUUGAGGCAGCAGAGGUUUUAGACAAGAGAGAAAAAAGAAGCUUUCUGUUUUACAAAUAAAGUUUUUCAGUGGGAGACAAAAGAAAUGAGAGAGAAGCAUUUAUAUCUAAACAGCAAAAGGUUUUGUAAUCUUACUGACAGUAGGCAGGCAGAAUCAGUAGAGCACCAAUUGAAAAACUCGGGUUCAUGUGCUUGUGCCACACUCACUCAAAUACAUGAAAGUACUGAAAAUAGAAAAAUAUAAAUAUAUAAGCAUUUGAAGCAAACAUUUUCUCAAACAAACAGGGCCACUGACUAUUGCUGAUCUGAAGUACAUGUCUACAAGUCCUGUAUAUUCUGUAAGGCGUUACCUAAAAUAUGUGCUUGAACAAAUCCAACACCUGGGCUCACAGUUAAGAAGCCAAGGUUCACAUCCCACGUGGAGUUGUCAUGUUCUCCUUGUGUCUGCGUGGAUGUCUUCCAGGUGCUUCAGUUUCCUUCCAUUAUCCAGAGACAUGCAAGUUUGGUGACCUGGUGACAUUAGUGUCUGUGUUUGGGGUGUGUUUGCCCUGUGCUGGACUGGCGCCCUCUCCAGGGUUUAUUCCUGCCUUGCACCCAAUGCUAGCUGUGACAGGCUCCAGUCCCUCCAUGACCCUGGUCUGGAUUAGGGGGGUUAGGAAAUGACAUGAAGUGACAAAUACAACACUCUGUGACAGCUGCUUAUUAUGUGUGGUGUCAAAAGUAAAGUCGCUCACUUAUGCACUAUGCACUGAAGGGGAGCAUCUUUUUUAAAAUGGUGCCACGUGUUAUCGUAGCUUAUUCUUUCAGACAAAUGGACACUAAUUCGAUUGCAACAAUACUUGGCUGCACAUCAUGCGGGGCUAUGCACAGACCUUGUUGUGCCCUUUUCUAUUACUGAAAAUCUAAAUAAAUUAGCAGUUCAGUUACUGUCAAUUAUUAAAUCUUAAAAGCGGGUCAGAAGCAUAGAUGACUAUAUAUUUUUAAAACUAAUGUAGUAAACAGUUACAAUUCUAUCAUUAUUAUCCCUAGAUUAAAGAGUUUAAAUAAGAGACCGGCAUGCUGGCUUAGUAACCAUUAAAUUUAACUACAAUAAACAAUUUAUAACAUUUAUUUUUUUUUAUUUAUAGACACAUUUAUCAAUAUAUAGAAAGGUGUUUAGUGCUAGAGUGUAUUGUUAAUAUCCAUCCAUUAUCCAACCCGCUAUAUCCUAACUACAAGGUCACGGGGGGUCUGCUGGAGCCAAUCCCAGCCAACACAGGGCACAAGGCAGGAAGGAAACCCCGGGCAGGGCGCCAGCCCACCGCAGGUAUUGUUAAUAUAAUAUGACAAAAACUAAAUGAGAUGGAUUAGAAAUUGUACAGAAAAAUGGAUACUGUGAUGCUUUGAUAUCACGUGCAACAUUUCUAAGAGCAUUCAGUGAUUUACUGCUGUGGGUUGGUGGCAAUGCAGAAAACAUUGAGAUUUGACAGUAUUGUCAGGUAAACACUGCUUAAAAUUUAAAUGUGUAUGCAUGUAUGUUUUUAAAACAAUUGUAUCUUUAAUUGUGUAACUGUUGUGGUGUUAAAAUACAUUUAAUUAACU